UAAAUAUAUAUAAAACCCGCGUUCAAUAGAAGAAGACUAUUGCAAAUUAGCCGGAUCGCAGGAUGGAGUCGAAUUCAAGUGUUUUGGCAAUUGGAGACGAGACCAGCGAACCUUCAGAAAGAGUGACCGGUCUUACGCACAACGAGUACACAUUUAAGGAAGAAUUCCAGAUCCGUUUGCAGAAGUUAUUACUUCCUGAUCCUCCUCUCCUGGCAACUAGAGCUGAUCCAGAAAAAGUAGAAAGAUUUGAAGGAUCAGUUUUUAAGAAAAAUGGUAAACAAUACUAUGAAUUCGGUUCACAGAACUCCAGACAUCAGCAUGUCAUAUCUGGACCAACGUUCGACCCAAAAAGUGUUGCAUUAUUAGUAAAGAAUCGGAUCAGUAAAGAGCACUGGGUAAAUGAAUCAGUGAUUGAGUCUAAAAUGCAAUGGGGAGAGGUACAAGAAAUAGUUUCUGAUUGUUUAAAUGAGCAAGACAAUCGUGUAUAUUAUUAUUUGCGUUAUUUGCUAGAAAAUCGUAAGCGGUAAAACAUUUUUACACGUUAUAUAUGAUGUGUUUUAAGUGCAUGUACCUGAAUAAAUGUUUAAU